AUGCUUUCUUCGAAUCUUAAAUUGUUGGGCUCUGCCCUACUCAUCGGCCAGGGGCUCUGCGACAGCAAACCGAGAUCCAUUCCUGCCCUGAAGCAGGACACCCCUGUCGUACCGAAUGAUCUCCAGGCAUUCUCCAUUGAAUUUUCCUUCUUCACCGACUAUGCUGGAAACAAAUCACAUCCGAAUGAAUUUUCCAGGAAUCUGCUGGCCAACUUCAAAAGCAUCACCGGCGUGCAGCCCAUAGUAAGAGUGGGCGGAACCUCUCAAGACCACUCAUACUAUGACCCCGACCAAGAGGAGAAUAUCAAACUCAUCUUCGCGAACCCUGACGACGACCAGCCAGAAACAGUUUACUACGGCCCAACAUUCUUCGAAUCCUAUGCUACACUAGGUCCCAUCCGGUUCUUCCACGGGCUCAACAUGAACCAAAACAGCUCUAUCCAGCGACUGCAAGAGGCCGCAGUAGAGGCGUGCACUAUGAUAGGUCCUCAGCUGGAGCUAUUUGAGCUGGGCAACGAGUGGAACUUUGCACCUGGCACUUAUCGUGCAGCCAAUUACUCCAUGCUGGACUAUGUCCAUGAAUGGAACAAGAAAUCUGCUGCCGUAAAAGAUGCUGUUCAGAAGUCUUGCCGUGGGUGUUUCCCCGGGUUUAUGGCGCCUAGUUUCGCCCCUCCUGAACUUGUUGAGACUGGUUGGGCUGUCGAGGACGUCUUUAAGCUUGGCUAUGACCCUCACAAUCUGACCAGGGAGCUGUCAUUCCAUAACUAUAUGGGAGUAAAUGAGCCAGCAACUAACCCUCCUGCGAGCUGGGACCUUCAGCGCCGCCUCAUGAACCAUACCAACAUCCAACAAAACCUAGAAGCGCAGAUCCAGCGCGCCAAAACCCUGGAAUAUCUCGGCCACCCAUAUACAAUCGGCGAACUCAACUCCAUAGCGAAACAGGGCAUAACCGGUGAAACCGAUGUCUUCGGGGACGCAUUGUGGCUCGUCGACUUUUCAUUCUGGGCUGCUGCUCAUAAUAUCAAACGCCUCCACUUCCACCAAGGCCUCAACUACCGCUAUGCCUCGUGGCAACCUAUCACCGGCAAAGGCCAGCCACCUACAACCCGACCUCCAUAUUACGGCCAGGUCAUGGUUGCCUCCGCCCUCGGCCACUCUAAUAAUUCCCGCAUCGUGAACAUCCCCCUUGAUACAGACACCGAAUCCGCAUACGCAAUCUACAAUGGGGACCGCCUAUCAAAGCUGGCCAUCGUGAACAUGCAGGCCUUUAACCAGACAUCCACCGGUGCUCGUCCCAGCAAAGAGUAUAAAUUCAGUGCCCCAGGUCGCAACCGCACAACUGCCAAGGUUGAGCGUCUUAUUGCACCUGGGAGUGAUGCGACGGACGGGGUUACUUUUGGCGGUGUUUCUUAUGACCAUGAUCUUGGCAAAGGACGGCCUGUUGUUGUUGGACGCAGGGAGGAGGCUGUAUUCAUUAAGAAUGGUGUGCUUUCUGUUGGUGUUCCUGAUUCUUCGGCUGUUGUGGUGUCGUUAACCUGA